AUGUUCAAAUCCAAACCCUGCAAUCGUACUCCAUCAUACGGACACUACUCUAAUUGUAACAUUUCUUCUCCCUUUUCGUCAGAUCGUGUACCAGAUCCUAAGCCGAGAUGGAACCCUAAACCGGAGCAAAUUCGGAUACUCGAAUCAAUCUUCAAUUCGGGUACUGUCAACCCACCAAGAGACGAGAUUCAAAGGAUCCGGAUCCGACUUCAAGAAUACGGCCAAAUCGGUGACGCAAACGUGUUCUACUGGUUUCAAAACCGGAAAUCACGAGCAAAACACAAGCUUCGUGUUCUUCAGAAUAACUUUAAGUCGUCGAAGAAGGACAAGAUUGUUAGCCCUAGCAAUGAUGCUGAUUCUUGUCUUGGUUUGGUUAACCGAGAAACCGGUUUAUCCCCCGUUCAAAACAAUGAUUUGGUGAUAACUGAACCGGCUGGUUUUCUAUUUCCGGUUCAGAAUGAUUCGAGCAUGACUCAUGCACGGUUUGGUUUUGGUGAUUUUGUUGUGCCGGUUGUAACGGAAGACUCCGCCGUUAAUAAGGGCGUUAAUUUGGAGACUCCCGAGAUCAGUUUUGACGGCGGAGAUGGAUACGGCGGCGGUGAAAAUGGUUAUUCUUCUUCCAUUUCGGUUCCUGUUACUACUGUUCCAUUUACCUUCAAUCAAUCACUAGGAGAUGUAGUGUUACCCGGUGGUGGAGAUUGCGGAGAUUUUGUUUCUCCGGUGAGUUUACGGUGUUUAUCAACAACAUUCCUUACGAAGUGGUGGCCGGAUUAUUCAACGUAA